ACACAGAAAAUACCGAUUUAUUCCUAAUUGCCCGUCAAUUUCUCAAAAUACCAAAACUUACCCUAAACUCGUACAUCCUAGUCGUUUCCGGUACAGUUGCUGCUCCAACAAUGGCGUCUCUAACAGCCACCGGAUUGCCUAAAAUCCCAACGUCUUCCCCCAAAUUCCCAUCCAAAACCCAUCAAUACCCACAAUUCAUAUCUCUGAAAGAAGCCCAACGAGCCUCUCAAAGGAGGCUCUUUUCCAAAACUGCCAUAAGGGCCUCGAAUCCAAGUGCUCCCGCUGGCUCUUCGCCGGGACUGUACUCUGCCCAGAAAUUCGAGCUCACCGCUCGAAACGUGGACUCUGUUCUCGAGGACGUUCGGCCCUAUCUCAUUGCAGAUGGUGGAAACGUCGACGUUGUGUCUGUCGAAGAUGGCAUCGUAUCUCUCAAACUCCAAGGAGCAUGUGGGAGCUGUCCUAGUUCCACAACUACUAUGAAGAUGGGGAUCGAACGGGUACUGAAGGAAAAGUUUGGCGAUGCAGUGAAGGACAUUCGGCAAGUAUAUGAUGAGGAAGGGGGGACAACUGUUGAGGCGGUAAAUGGUCAUCUUGACGUAUUGAGACCAGCCAUUAAGAACUAUGGUGGCAGCGUGGAAGUAUUGUCUGUUGAAGGAGGGGAUUGCCUCGUAAAGUAUGUGGGGCCUGAAUCCAUUGGAACAGGAAUUAAAGCAGCAAUUAAAGAGAAGUUCCCGGAUGUUGUGAAUGUUGUGUUCACUGGCUAGGUUGCUCACAACCUUAGAAGCUCAGCUAAUUAGUUAUUAGUUAUAGGCAUUUUCCAUUGGGUCCAUGAUCACUUUGUUAGACAUAGUUAAGCUUCAAUCUCUGAAGCUAACUGGUCCAGGAAUUGCAUUAUAUAUGAUCACAUUCAGUGCAUGCAAUGACAUGAAUGUUGGUGUCUUGUAUCUUUUAUUGUAUGUCACCAUAAUUACAGGCUUACAGUGCACAUUACAAGAUUUCCUUUCUUAAUAGACGAGGUUUUGUCAUAUAUAAAAGACUAUGAAUAAAUGUUGUUGUGAAUUCCCUCUCCCCUUUUAGCCUUAGAACUGGAUUUAUUGUCCCAAUUGGUGUUUUUGGGUUUUUAGAUGUCUGUAAAUUUACAGAGAAAUAUUGUUUGUAAAUCUUUUUGCUCC